AUGGCUCCAGGCAAGAAAACCGGAGUGGCCAAAAAGAAGCAGAUCUCUAAUGCUGCGUCUCGUAGCAAGGUCAAUCCUUCCAAGGGUAAAGGCAGUGCAUCGGAGACAAAGACAAGCGCCACGGCCAAGGUACCCAAGUCUGCAGGAUCAGCUCAGGCUACGAUCAUCGUCGGAGGUCAUAAGCACCGCAUAACCGUCGCCGAGGAGGACAGCAACGAUGACGGCACGAUUAGACCUACGAAACGACGCAAAGAUAGCAAGGAAACCGACACUCACGAUUAUCAUACGGUACGUGAGGCUCCUCCGCCGCGUGAUUACGGUGCGUCAUUUGCAAAGAAGUCGACUGCCCAUCUCACGUGGGGAGCUCCCCUUUUAUCUCCCCGCCGAUCUCGAUCCGAGGCCCAGACGAAGAAGCCCGUGAAGAAGACAGCAACUUCCCGCAACAAGGGAAAGGGAAAGGAAGAGGCCCGUCCUGAAAACUUCUUGCAGUCGAAGCCCAAAACUGGUCAUGGGGGCCUCUCGUCAGUAAUGGCCGGCUCUGCGACUCCAGAGGACGAGCGACACUUUCCUUUGAUGAAGCUUCCGAUUGAGAUCCGGCAGAAGAUCUACAAGGAAAUCCUGGUUGUUGAGGACCCCAUCCGAGUUCGACAAGGCUGGUCCGCAGUCUACCCGCGUAAUCGGCCCAUGGUUGAAACAAGUAUCUUACGAGCCUGUCGCCAGGUCAGAAACGAAGCAGUGAAUGUGCUCUACGGUGAGAACACGUUCCUCUACCUCCUCAGAGAGACUGCAAAGCUUCCGGCCACCAACACAUUGGGAGAGAACGAGAUCGUGGUCCAGCACCCCUUGAUGGUAGACGAGCCUCUUUCUGAGUAUGAAGGCAACAGCGAUGACGAAUAUGACGAGGACGAUCUCCUUCCAGCGGCGCGGUCAACCAAAGACCCCGAAGUCGAGAUCGACAUCAGGCGCUACGGCCACAAGUUCCGCAAGCUCAUGAUAGUUGCCGAGCCGAACCGCACUGACAAGGGCUAUCUCCUGAGCAUGGCGAACGCGAUUGGCGUCUUCCGCAACCUGAAGCCCAUCAGGUCCCGCGUGCACACCAUCACCAUCGAGAUCACGCCAAUCCGCCAGCUAGAUACAGGUGAGAUUAGCUUUCUUGAUUUCUUCGAGAAGACGUCCGCAGUCGUCCGCACUCUCAAGGGGCUGCCCUGCCAGUUCAUCGAGAUCCUCGUCAACACGGGCGGCAACCAAGAGCGCAUCCGGCUCAACAUGAAGUACGCGGCCCACAUCCGGCGCGCCAAGCGCGGCCAGAAGGACCUCUGGAAGAACGAUCGGCUCAUGCAGGCGUACCGCAGCAUGAAGGCGGGCGAGGCGCAGGAGAACCUCGAGAGGCUGUCGGUCAUGAUUCGCAAGAUUUGGGAGGGACCGAACGGGCGAUUUGUUGGGUCUCGCGGGUGCGAUAGUGAGAGCGACGAGGAAAACAUUUACGAUUUUUAG